GGAGCCGAGCAGCCGCCGCGGCCGCAGCCCCAGCAGCAGCAGCCCCAGCAGCAGCCUCGGCGGCGGCGGCGGCGGCGGCGGCGGCAUCUCCUCCUCACAUGACCCCACUGUUUGUCCCCGUGAUCAGCGCGAGCGGCUCCCGUGUCUCCUCCGUCCCCUCCUGCCGCGCGGCGUGAGCUGCGGGCUCGGGCCCCCCCCGGCCCCCCGCCCCUCCCCCUUUCCCCUCCCCUCCCCUCCCCUCCCCCGGGCCUCGCGCCCCCCCCGCCCCCGCCCCCCCCAUGGACAUGCUGGACCCGGGUCUGGACCCCGCUGCCUCGGCCACCGCUGCUGCUGCCGCCGCCGCCGCCGCCAGCCACGACAAGGGACCCGAAGCGGAGGAGGGCGUUGAGCUCCAGGACACCGGGGAAGGGCCCGGGGCCGAGGAGCAGACCGCGGUGGCCAUCGCCAGCGUCCAGCAGGCGGCGUUCGGGGAGCACAACAUCCAGUACCAGUUCCGCACAGAGAAUAAUGGAGGACAGGUAACAUACAGAGUGGUCCAGGUGACGGAUGGCCAGCUGGACGGCCAGGGAGACGCGACGGGCGCUGUGAGCGUGGUGUCCACUGCCGCCUUCACCGGGGGCCAACAGGCCGUGGCUCAGGCCGUGAUCCAGAAUCCUUUCAGCAAUGGGGGCAGCCCCGCAGCAGAGGCGGUCAGCGGGGAGGCCCGCUUUGCCUACUUUCCUGCAUCCAGUGUGGGGGACGCCACGGCAGUGUCCGUACAGACCACAGACCAGAGCCUUCAGGCAGGAGGCCAGUUCUACGUGAUGAUGACGCCACAGGACGUGCUGCAGACGGGAACGCAGAGAACGAUCGCCCCUCGGACCCACCCGUACUCCCCGAAAAUGGACGGGACGAGGACACCCCGAGACGAGAGGAGGAGAGCGCAGCACAACGAAGUGGAGCGGAGAAGGAGGGACAAGAUUAACAACUGGAUUGUUCAGCUCUCCAAAAUCAUUCCAGACUGUAACACAGACAACAGCAAGACCGGGGCGAGUAAGGGAGGGAUCCUGUCCAAGGCCUGCGACUACAUCCGAGAGCUACGCCAGACCAACCAGCGGAUGCAGGAGACUUUCAAGGAGGCCGAGAGGCUGCAGAUGGACAACGAGCUCCUGAGGCAGCAGAUCGAGGAGCUCAAGAACGAGAACGCCUUGCUCCGUGCCCAGCUGCAGCAGCACGGCCUGGAGAUCGUCGGGGAGGCGUCCCGGCAGUGAUGCUCCCGCCCCUCCCCUGGGAUCCCCCGGGGAGGAUUCUGGCCCCCCACCCUUAGCACAGAGAGGGAGAGAGUCUGCCCCUCCCCCAGCUGCAUUUUUUAUAGUAGAUUUUUAACAAAAAUGGGGAGAAAAAAGCAUUUCCAUGAAUACAGAAACACCCCCCCCCAACAAAAGCAACCCCCCAACACGUCCACCUUGUCCCAUCUGUCUGUUUUCUCCGACUCUCUCCCUUUUCCUCCUUUCUUCCCCGAUUUCUUCACUUUGAUUCAGUCAUGACCUGGCUCCCUGCGGGGCUUCCCUUUCCGGCCUGGCCCUCGAUGGAAGGGACAGGACCCAAGGACAGAGACCCCUCCUUCGUUCCCUGGACCCCGGUCUGCCAGUCCCCACCUCCCCUCUCUCUCUCUCCCUGGAGGUACAGAGACAGAGCUGCUAGGAAGGGGGGGAGCCUUUGGGGGGCCGCCCCACGUCGAGGGGCUCUUUGGACUCGUGGCUCCAGCCUUCCCACCUCCCCAGCUCACUUCCUGACACCCUUAUCCCUUCUUUGGGUGUGUGUGUGUGUUUUAAUUUCUUUAUGAAAAAAAAAAAAAAGACCAAAAAAAAAAAAAAAAAGAGAAAGGUAUUUAAACUGCAAUAAACUGGCCUGUGCGGCCCCCGCCUCAA